AUGGGUUGGUGGAAGAAGAAGAAGUCACGAGCCGUUGUUAAAGAACAGACGUGGGACAGAGACCAAUGGAGAGGAGAGAAAAUUCUAGAAGCGCUAAUCCAAUGCUGUGAUGGCAAACCAAAUUCCAUCAAAUUCUUCACUGCUGAUCAAAUCCUCAAAGCCACUCAAAAACAUUUUUGCAAGUGUAACAUCCUUGAAAGACGUCAAAACAUCUGCGAGUGUAGUCGUGUUUCCGAAUUAUAUUUUCAUGGGAAAUGGUAUUCAGGUACGCUCGAUAACCAUCGCAUGAUUCUACUUAGGAAAAUGAAGGGAAGAAGUCCACAUCCCCCUAGAGACAUCUGCACUGGACCUCCUAAGGACGUAGCGAUAUCUUCGAUGGUGAGUGAUCACAAAAAUUUCAUGAAGUUGGUUGGGUGCUGUUUUGAGUUUGAAUAUCCAGUCAUAGUUUAUUAUGGUGGAGAGAGACAAUACUCACCUGUAGAUUUGAAUAAGAUAGUGUCAUGGAGAAGGAGAAUGAAGAUAGCAGAGGAAGUUGCAACUGCUUUAGCUUAUCUUCACGUUGCGUUCCCAAGACCCUUUGUGUAUAGGAACAUGGGGUUGAAAAAUAUAUUAUUAGAUAAAAAUGGCGUAGCGAAGUUGAAUGAUUUAUCUUAUUGUGUCUCGAUUCCAAAAGGAGAAACACAUGUCAAGCUUACUUGGGCUGGUAAAGACUACGAUUACAUGGACAAUGAUUAUAUAUUCAACCGCGUAGUGUCGGAGAAAACUGAUGUUUUCGGGUUUGGUGUUUUCAUGCAAAAGCUUUUGACCGGAGAAGAAAAUUUUGAGGAGCUUUGUGGUUGGAAGAAUUGGAGAGAGAAGAACAAGUUUCCGAAGUGGUUGUCCUCGUACAUGGGAGAAGGAAGAAUGGGUGAGAUCGUAGAUCCAAAGAUGGUUUUAGAAGAAGAAGAGCGUUGUCUAAUGGAAGCUUUUCUUGUCCUCUCAGAAAGAUGUAUUGGUCUUAGAGGGGAAGUUCCAAAAAUGGUGGAAGUGGCUAAGGAACUAAGGAGGUCAUUAAAACAAGGGGAAUAG